AUGGCCGUUUCUCAGUUUUGUUCGAAUGCUGUCUCACAGCCAAGGAAGUCCAUUAGCGUCACUGGUCCAGUAAAAGGAGCCCAAACAAAAGGAUAUUUUGGUGCAAACCAAACCAGAAUGGCUAUGUCAAAAACCAUGAUUGUUCUACCUGACAUAAAAACAGUAGAAAAAGCGAGUGUUUCUACCACAAGGACAGUCACACAGGUGAUUGAUGCACAUGGAGUUGAUGUUACUCCCCGACCUCUCUACCGUCCAGAUCCACAUAUUGGUACAGCAAAGCCAAAUAAACUAUUGACAUCACAAGAAGGAUCCCUUGCAUCAGAUUAUAUAUCUUCCUACAGCCUUUAUCAGAACACACUAAAUCCUAGUAUGUUAGGACAGUUUACAAGGUCAGUUUUAGGAAGCAGUACAGUUUCUAAAUCAAGUGUAUCGACUAAUGAAUCAAUAGCAGAAGACCUAGAAGAACCAUCCUACAAACGAGAAAAAUUGGCUAGUUUUACAGAUUUACGAGUUAUAAGGGCAACACCUGGGAAAAUUGCAAAAGAAGAUCUGGAGAAGACCAUAGAGAUAAUACUCACAGAGACGGAAACACUGACGCUUUUUAAUCUACCAACAGUCAUGCUUUCUGUGGAAUCUGAAGAAGCUGAGAAAGUAAGCCAGAGAAACAAGAAUUAUGAGACCCUUUGUAGAAAUAGAUUAGGCAAUGACUUAUAUGUUGAAAGGAUGAUGCAGACUAUUAACGGAGCACCAAAGAAUAAAGACGUUCAAUGUGACAAAAUCAUAAAGGAAGACAAAGGCAUAAUGUCCACUGCUUGGGAUUUGUAUGAUUCUUAUAAUGCUAUGGAGCUUUCAUGUUUACCAGUGAAACAGUCUACAAUUGAUUCACAUAGUAAAGCAAGUGUGCCUCCUCAAGAUCGGGACCAAAGAGCGCCAGGGAGUACUAUAGAAAAAAAUAGUGAAGCUAGUUCUCUAAUGGACAUAGAAAACGUAAUUCUAGCUAGAAUUCAUGACGAUGAAGAAGACCACUCAGAGGCGAUAUUGAAAUCUGAAAAGUUUCUCCAGGACUUAUUUUUUAUGGAACGAGUUCUAAUGGAAAAUAUAUUUCAGCCAAAACUUGCAGCUUAUCGUCAGCUUCCUGUUUUAAAAGAACCAGAACCUGAAGAGCCUGAAGAAUUUUUAGAAGGUGAAAAACUUGAAGAUGUAGAGGAAGAAGUUAAGAAGGAAGAGGAAGAAGAAAUAGAAAUAGAUGCAGAACAGUCAACAAUACCAGCCAAUUUGGAACGACUUUGGUCCUUCUCCUGUGACUUAACCAAAGGCCUUAAUGUGAGCAGCCUUGCCUGGAACAAAACAAAUUCAGACCUUUUGGCUGUUGGCUAUGGGCACUUUGGAUUUAAAGAGCAAAAAAGAGGAUUGGCUUGCUGCUGGUCAAUAAAGAAUCCUACGUGGCCAGAACGUAUUUAUCAGAGUCCAUAUGGAGUUACUGCUCUGGAUUUUUCAAUCGAAGCACCCAACCUUUUAGCAGUUGGCUAUCACAAUGGCACCAUUGCAAUUUAUAACGUGCAAAGCAACAGUAAUGUUCCAGUUCUGGAUAGUAGUGAAUCACCUCAGAAACAUUUGGGACCUGUGUGGCAACUACAGUGGAUAGAGCAAGAUCGAGGAACAACAGGUGAUGACAAAAGAGAAAUACUAGUUUCUAUAUCAGCGGAUGGAAGAAUUUCCAAAUGGGUUAUACGGAAAGGACUGGACUGUCAUGAUUUGAUGCGUUUGAGGCGAACUACGGCUAGCAGCCGCAAGAAAGGAGCAGAAAAAGAAAAGAAAGGUGAAGCUUUGAUAUCUCGACAGGCUCCUGGAAUGUGUUUUGCUUUUCACCCCACGGACACAAAUAUCUAUCUGGCUGGUACUGAAGAAGGUCAUAUUCACAAAUGUUCUUGUUCAUAUAAUGAACAAUACCUGGAUACCUACAGAGGACAUAAGGGUCCAGUGUAUAAAAUAGCAUGGAAUCCAUUUUGUCAUGAUGUAUUCUUAAGCUGUUCUGCAGAUUGGGGUGUUGCUAUAUGGCAACAGGAGACUUGCAAGCCAUUUUUGAGUUUUUAUCCAACUACUUAUGUUGUUUAUGACGUUGCCUGGUCUCCAAAAUCAUCCUAUAUAUUUGCAGCUGCAAAUGAGAGCAGAGUGGAGAUUUGGGACCUUCACAUCAGCACUUUGGACCCUCUGAUUGUGAAUGUUGCCAACCCUGGAAUCAAGUUCACAACUGUUCUCUUUGCCAAACAGACAGAUUGCCUUCUAGUGGGAGACAGUGAUGGACAGGUUGCUGUGUAUGAACUAAGAAAUAUGCCUACUGCUUUGGAUUCUGGUCGGGGAGACGUAAUAGAUACUUUGCUUGGACCCAAGUCAAACCAACCAGGAUAACUCAUCAUUACUAAUAUCGUUUUUUGUUGUUGUUUAAAGAAAAAGGAACAGUGUUUAAUAUUCAAUAGUCUGAUUUGCAGUAAACUGGGAUUUCGGUUUUAGAAAACAAUUUUGAUGUAUAACAUCCAUUUAAAUUUAAUAAACUUUUAUUUCAUAGAUAUGUGAUUAGUUUGUGAUCUAAACUAAUUGUAAGAGUUUUGUUGGGAUUUUCUUAAUUUUUUGAAAGAUAUUCCUACUCUAUUUCUUAAAAGUCAUGUUCCAAGUACAUAUAAGUACACAUAUAUGUACUUAUAAAAUGUCCAAAUAAGUUAGAAAAUUAUUAUUCCUUUAGAAGCAAAGCUUGGAAAUUAUUAGAUUUACUUAAACCAAAAGCCUUAUUAAAACAAAGUUCCAUAGACUUUUAAAUCUUCUGCUUUCCAAGCUCUGCUUUCCAGGGUUUAUAAAUCAUGCGGGUGUUAGUAUUACAAGACUAUUGGAUUCUCAUACCCAACUUUGAAUCAGAAUUUUAUCCUCUUAGAUCUGAGCUGAAGCUGUAGAACUUGGUUAGACUAUUUGAUAAGCAAAUGACACGACAGCACAUGUCAGACUGGCACCAUUUGGCCAGCAGGGCUCACACUCCCAAUUCAGUGAGAAGAGUUAGUAGGGGCACAGCCGGGCACCUUGUCUGCUGCCCAGAAUCUGCUCUGGGUUUUAAGCCCAGACUUAAGUGGGCCCAAAGAGAAAACAGAAAGUCCCUGAUCUACAGUUUGCGUCGGGAUGUUAUUUUAAGAAGGUUCUAGAGCCAGCUUGUGGAAAUAGGAGGAGUGGGAACUCCUCCAAACACAGUCUGUUCCCUGCUGUUUGUUUUAACAAGUCCUGGAUUUUGUGAACUGAGGCCAUAGGCCAGUAUGGCCUGUUCUAUGAAGCGUUCUAAGUGGAGAGGAGAGGAUAAGGCAUUUGAAACCCACUAAACUCUCUGAGAAAAAUAUACAUAUAGUAAAAACUGAGAAUAGAAACAGUGUAACAGGGGGAGCUUCCUUUUACAAGUAUCCAUUUCUUCACAAUCUCCAUUUCUUUGGAGCCAUACUUUAAACAAAAGCAAGGCAAUUUUUAGGUCGACUGAGAGUUUAGGUCAGGUUAUAAGGAUUAUAAAUUUUCUACUGGUAUAAGUCAUUGUGAUUCUUUGUCUUUCUGAAAGUUUGGACUUUCUAUAAUACUUUGUGUAACAAAAUAAAAACUUGAUUUA